UUUUUUUUUCUAUUUGAUUUACAAUGAGCUCGAGUGACGAAGACGCAGAGCGCAGCGACGGCUCCGGCCAUGUUCUGGCGAGCAAGCGCAAGUCCAAGAAGCUGCUUGGCCAGCGCACCAACACCAAGGCGCAAUGGCUGCUCGGGGCGGACAACCCACACCACUUGCCAGAGGACUUGCACAAGUUCAUCCAGACGUCGGGCGCCGUGCAGACUGCGCUGCUCGCUCCGGCCUUCCUGUCGCCGUUGGCGGUCUUGCAGCUUGUUGGAGUGACCGCCGACGAGCUCACCACCCGCAUCACCGCCGCUGCCAUCAUGGGCCUUGGUGUUUGCAAGUACACACUCUCGGAUAACGGCUUUUCCGCCGUGCACACGCUGACUUCCGUCGAAGGCCUUGUUUCGACCUUGGCGGCCACCGGGGUUAUUUUGUCGCUGCUCGAGCGUCCCGCCGCCCGAUCCGUGCCUGCCUACAUUAUGUUUGGCGCAUGUAUCGCUUCGAGCGCCGCUUCGUUCCUUGUUCAUCGACGACUGACCACUAUCGCCCGGGAUGCCAAUCGAUAAUCUGCUGGUGAUAUGAUGUUCCCUCGUCUGUAGUUGGGGGUUUUCAUCCCCACGCGACCACCCCCUGUCGCUCUUCUUGCAUUGCUCUUUUUUGUUGAAACUCUUUGCGAUGCUUCAACAUUUUCAUGUGUGAAAUUGGUUUUACGUAGUGAAAUACAGACCAUGUUUUUAAGACCAAACAACC